AAAAUGAAUAGAAAAAAUAUAAUAUGUGCACUAAUAUAAUUAUUUUUAAAUAAAAAAUAAAAAUAGGAUGCUUCUUAGAAUUAUCAAUCACAUGUGUCUCUUAAAUACUCUCCAUUCGUACAUCUUCUCUCUAUUGAUGUCAGCCAACUCCCCACCCCACCCCACCCUACUCUCAUCGUCUCUACACAUCAACCACCUGCAUUUGAAUCUUGAUCUCCAACAAUGUUAAUGGCAUUUAAUUCAUCCCAUUUGUCUGUUUUCUUCACUUUUCUUUUUUUCCUACUCGCAGUCGUCAUCCCACAUUCCUCCGCCGCCGCCGAUCACUACCUCAAGCUACCGCUCCUCCAUAAAAACCACUACCCUCCUACUUCACCGGAGUCCCUCUCCGCCGACAACCGCCGCCUCUCGACCCUCUUAUCCGCCAUUGGUGGCAAGCGCUCCCACGCUCAGCUCCCGCUCCACUCCGCCGCUUCCUUCGGCUCCGGCCAGUACCUCGUCUCCCUCCACCUCGGCACCCCUCCGCAGCGCCUCCUCCUAGUCGCGGACACCGGCAGCGACCUUACCUGGGUCUCCUGCUCCGCCUGCCGCAGCAAUUGCACCCCACGCGCCGCCGUCUCCUUCUUCCCCCGGCAGUCCGCCACGUUUUCCCCCCACCAUUGCUACUCCCCGGCUUGCACGCUUAUCCCCCACCCCAAGAAGGCGCCGCAUUGCAACCACACGCGCCUCCACAGCACGUGCCGCUACGAGUACUCCUACUCCGAUGGUUCCGUCACCAGCGGAUUCUUCUCCCACGAAACGACGGCGUUCAACACCAGCGCCGGCAAACUACUCAAGUUCCGGCCUCUCUCCUUCGGGUGCGGGUUUUCGAACUCCGGGCCGAGCGUAUCCGGCCCGAGUUUCAAUGGGGCUAACGGAGUUAUGGGCUUGGGCCGCGGCCCGAUUUCAUUUUCGUCGCAAUUGGGCCGUCAGUUCGGACACAAGUUCUCAUAUUGCUUAAUGGAUUACACUCUCUCUCCACCGCCGACGAGCUAUCUCCUAAUCGGCGGCGGCGGCUCAGCCGCAGCGAAGCCUAAAUUAAGCUACACGCCGCUGCUCCAAAACCCUCUCUCUCCUACAUUCUACUACAUCGGAAUCGAAAACGUAAUCGUGAACGAUACAAAAUUACCGAUUAGCCCCUCGGUGUGGGCCAUAGACGAGUCCGGAAACGGUGGUACGGUGGUAGAUUCCGGCACCACCUUAACAUUUUUAGCCGAGCCGGCUUACAAGAAAAUCCUAGCCGUCUUCGAGCGGCUGGUGAAGCUGCCCACGCUGUCCGAGCCGAUUCCAGGGUUCGACUUGUGCCUGAACGUCUCCGCCGGCGGCGGGUCUCCGGGAACGAGUUUGCCGCAGCUGAGCUUCCAACUCGCCGGCGGGUCGGUUUUCUCGCCGCCGCCGCGGAACUACUUCAUCGACGCGGCGGAGGACGUCAAGUGCCUGGCGCUGCAGCCGGUUGCAUCGGCGGCGGGGUUUUCGGUGAUCGGAAACCUAAUGCAACAAGGGUACACUUUCGAAUUUGACAAGGAUCGAGCGCGACUGGGGUUUACGCGACGCGGUUGCGCAGUGCCGUAACUCACUGAGUCAUGAAUCACACGUAACGAGAUAAUUUUGUUUGUGAACUCGGUAUAUCAAGAUCUUACGUAUAUUUCAAAACGGCCCAAAAAGCUGUCUGGUUUCUGUCGGAUCUCUUCAGGAUUUUUCAUUAAAUUCAAAAAUUAAAUUAUUCCUCCAUUUAUGUUUAUAUUAAAUAUUAAUAUUACUAUAGACCUUGUGUUUAUAACCCCUUAUUAUUAUUUUUCAAAUGUAAAGAUUUUGUGAUUUGUCUGCUAUUA